AUGGCUCAUGGAUCAAAGCUCUCCAGCCCGGAGCGGGUGCCCGGGAAGAGCAGAGCAGGGCGUCAGUUUACGGAGAAAGUUUUGCUGGAGAUUUCCAAGGAGGAGAGCGAAGGUGAGAGGUUCGGUGGCUCGUGUCGGACCCCCGCUCUCUCCCCGCAGGACUGUGUGCAGCUCAACCAGUACAAGCUGAAGGAUGAGAUCGGGAAGGGCUCCUACGGGGUGGUGAAGCUGGCUUACAAUGAGGACGAUAACACCUACUAUGCAAUGAAGGUUCUCUCCAAAAAGAAGCUGAUGAGACAGGCGGGCUUCCCCCGCCGCCCACCGCCCCGCGGGGCCAAAGCUGCCUCCGAGGGCUGCCUCCAGCCCAAAGGGCCCAUCGAGCAGGUCUACCAGGAGAUCGCCAUCCUGAAGAAGCUGGACCACCCCAAUGUGGUGAAGCUGGUGGAGGUCCUGGAUGACCCCAGCGAGGACCACCUGUACAUGGUGUUCGAACUGGUGAAGCAAGGCCCCGUGAUGGAAAUCCCAACCCUGAAACCUCUCAGCGAGGACCAGGCUCGGUUCUACUUCCAGGAUCUGAUCAAGGGUAUUGAAUACUUGCACUAUCAAAAGAUAAUCCACCGGGAUAUUAAACCUUCCAACCUCCUCGUGGGGGAAGACGGGCACGUCAAGAUUGCUGACUUCGGGGUAAGCAAUGAGUUCAAGGGAGCUGAUGCCCUCUUAACCAACACGGUGGGCACCCCUGCCUUCAUGGCCCCGGAGACGCUCUCGGAAACCAGGAAAAUCUUCUCUGGAAAGGCUUUGGAUGUCUGGGCCAUGGGGAUCACACUGUACUGCUUCGUGUUUGGGCAGUGCCCUUUUAUGGAUGAAAGGAUCCUGAGUUUACACAAUAAAAUCAAGACCCAAGCAUUGGAGUUCCCAGACCAGCCAGAGGUUACAGACUUCCUGAAGGAUUUGAUUACACGGAUGUUGGAUAAAAAUCCCGAAUCUAGGAUUUCGGUCCCAGAAAUCAAGGAAAGUACUGUGCAACAGCCUUUCGCAGGAGAUUUCUGGUCCUCUGCCCCUGCGGGAGCCUGGAAGGGCCGUGAAGCUGAGAAAAUGGAGACGAAGUUGCACCCUUGGGUCACCAAGAAUGGAGCAGAGCUGCUGCCCACGGAGGAUGAGAACUGCACCCUCGUCGAGGUGACAGAGGAGGAGGUGGAGAAUUCGGUCAAACACAUUCCCAGCCUGGCCACCGUGAUCUUGGUUAAAACGAUGAUCCGGAAGCGAUCCUUCGGGAACCCGUUCGAGGGAAGCAGGAGGGAGGAGCGGUCGUUGUCUGCCCCUGGGAACCUGCUGCCGAAACAAGGCAGUGAAGAUAAUCUGAAAUGCAACGACUUACCCAACGUGGGAGAGGAGGAACUUCUUUCGUGA